AUGUUUUCGUACUAUGCAAAAUGGAUAAGAAAGUUUUCAGAUAAAAUUAGACCUUUAAACUCUGUUACUCAAUUUCCACUCAAUCAGCAGCAAAUAUCAGCAUUUGAAACAUUAAAAAAUGAACUUGUUCAAUUUUCCAUGCAAACCAUUGAUGAGAAUAUACCUUUUACUGUGGAGACUGAUGCUUCUGAUUUUGCCAUAUCCGCCACACUUAAUCAGGAUGGAAGACCUGUUGCCUUCCAUUCACGUACCCUUCAAGGGAGUGAACAAUACUAUUCAUCAGUGGAAAAAGAAGCUCAAGCGAUAGUUGAAGCCAUAAAUCAUUGGCGUCAUUUUCUUUUGGGUCGACAUUUCAUUCUCAUCACUGACCAACGAUCUGUAGCGUAUAUGUAUGAUUAUAAAUCAAGCAGUAAAAUAAAGAAUGAUAAAAUAAUGCGUUGGAGAACAGCUUUGUCUCCAUAUUCUUAUGAUAUCCAUUAUCGUCCUGGCCAAUGUAAUAGUGGUCCAGAUACAUUUACUCGAGUUAAAUGUGCAGCAAUAAGUUCAGAAUCUUUAUAUAAUUUGCAUGCUGCAGUUUGCCAUCCCGGUGUUACUCACUUCCAUCAUUUUAUUCGAUCAAGAAACCUCCCUUAUUCAGUAGAAGAUGUAAAACAAAUAUGUAGGGAUUGUAGAAUAUGUAGAGAAAUAAAACCCAAGUACUACCGCCCAAAUGAUGUGCACCUGAUUAAGGCGACUCAGCCAUUCGAACGUAUAUCUAUUGACUUCAAAGGCCCAUUACCUUCUUCAACCCCUGAACAGUAUAUGCUAACAAUUGUAGACGAAUACUCACGUUUUCCAUUUGCUUAUCCUGUGAAAGAUAUGACAACUCAGACAAUAAUAAACUGCUUAGCUGAUCUUUUUUCAAUGUUUGGAAUGCCUAGCUAUGUUCAUUCGGAUCGUGGAUCCUCAUUAAUGUCUUCUGAAUUAAAGCACUGGUUCUUAUCAAAAGGGAUCGCAACUAGUAGAACAACCCCUUACAAUCCGACUGGAAAUGGGCAAGUUGAAAGAUACAAUGGAAUUAUUUGGAAGACGAUAUUACUUACUCUGAAAUCUCGAAAUCUGCCUAUAUCAUCAUGGAAAAGAGUUUUGCCUGAUGCACUUCAUGCUACAAGAUCUCUAUUAUGUACUUCUACUAAUUGUAGUCCACAUGAACUGAAUGAGGCUCAGCUCAUUGAAGCAAAUCCUCAUUAUGCCAUUGUGAGAUUUCCUAAUGGUCAUGAGACUACAGUGUCUACAAAACAACUGGCUCCUAUCGGAACAACUCCUAUAGUACAAACAUCAAAUGACGAUUUAGAAAUAACAGCUAUUGAUAACUACCCCUUAACCCCUAAUGGUAGCAAUGAAACUCCGUUAGUCUCCGAAGAGGAACUAGAAAGCAGAGGGAAACCUAUAGAGCAAAGUACUCUGCCUCCUCGUAGAUCUUCACGAAUUUCUAAAGCACCAGAAAAACUCAACUUAUAA